UUCUAGGGUUUCUCCCUGUAUUGUGGAAAGGAUCUCUAAUUUGUGCGGUGGAAGCGAUCAUGACGAUCUCGAUGGUGGGGAUGGUGUCGCCGGCGAGCGGGUUGGCGGGGAGGUGGCGGAGGAAGAGGGCGGAGAGGGGUGGAGGUGUGAGGUGCUCCGCCGCCGCCACGGGGGGUCUAACGGAGCAGUAUAGGACGCUCAGGAUAAGGCCCGGGGCGACGGAGAGCGAGGUGAAGAGGGCCUUUCGGCAACUCGCGCUUCAGUAUCACCCAGACGUUUGCAAAGGGAGUAAUUGUGGUGUUCAAUUCCAUCAGAUUNGAUGA